UGGAUCUUACUUUUGUGUUACCUACCGAUCCUGCGAGCAUGCGAACAUUUAAACCCUGGUCUCCUUCCGCGUCUGAUGUUUGAAACUUGACGGGUUCCAAAGCUUGUCUUAAGCAAGGCAGGCAAGGUUGGCAGGGUUGGCUAGGUAGUAGGGUAGUAGUGUCACUUCUCCGGACGCUCUUCCCAUGUGGUCGGAUGAACAUUUCCCUGGACAAAAUUAGACCUGAUGAUGUUGGAUCCACAAAACUGGAGAGCUCAAGUGGAACACUUUUACUCCUUUCGGACUACCUCGGCCAAUCCAAUAUCUUCCUGAAAAUGUGGAGUGUUGUCUUGGGCUGUUAUCGGCUAUCAGUAAUAACCUUGAAGAACACUGACCUGUCGCCGUAAACAGCUGACCGAUUUUACCUAGGUAGAGAGCCAGAAAGAGGACAUAAUCGAAAAAAGAAGAUGGUUUUGUGCAAUAUACACCUCAUUUCCCUCCGGGACGACGUCUCGCCAGCCCUAUUCCUGGGCAAGCUCCGCUGGAAUGGCAUCAAGCCUAUCGUCCAGGCACGGGCCGUUCGUUGGAUGAUUCUCCCUACGCAAAUAUCUGUUGGCCAUCUGAUCGGCCGCAACAUCCGCUGGGACCUCUUUUUGAUCCUGGAGGAGUCCGACCCAAUCCCUCACGAGGCACAACUGGAUAUCGACGGCAUCUGGAGCGCAUCCUGUGGAGUCUCGUCCAAAGCGCUGGCGGGUUACGCGGCCGGAAAUUCAAAGCUACUCUACCCGCCGCCCGGUUCCGUCUCACCGCCAGAGCCGCACGACAUCGAACCGUCAAAUUCCUCACAAAACCUGGAGACGAGCCUCGAGUUAUGCGAGUGGAUCGGGGCACUGCCGACCGAAGUUAGGGACCGUCCCGUUUCCAUGUUGAACCUACUUGCGUUCAAGCCCGGAAUGAAGGACCUAUACAAGAAGUAUGGAGACGCGUUUACCGCAAACGUCGGCUCCAGACACGGCGGGAAGGUCAAGCUGGUUGGGAGAAUAGCGGGCGGUCCAGCGGGAGACGACGGGUGGGACGAGUUCGCCUUCGUUCAUUAUCCGUCUGUCUCUCACUUCGCGGCAAUGGCGGCGAGUAGAGAUUAUCAGGAGGUCAACCACGAAUAUCGGCUUCCCUCGUUGAAGGACACGUUGAUUUUAUGUGUUAUGGAGGUGGAUAACCAGGGGAAUAUCGUCGAUCCGCGUCCAACAAGAGAGAGGCUAUAAGGAUGGUAUGAGGGUUCAUGCAUGGCGGGUUGGGGUUGGGGAUUGGUUGAUGAUGGGAUAUCCGAAUGUGCUUAUGUCUAUAAACACUCUAGUAUGAUGAUACCUAAAUAGCGCACGAUAUCCAUGGCUCCCACGAACCAACAUCUUAGGUAACCUCUAAGACUUACAUAAUGUUAUUCCCUAUCAACGUAUCUAGAUAUUCAAUGAUUUAAACAGACAGGUAUCUAGUACCUAAAGAAUAAUGCUAAUCUCCAAUAUCUGUCACUGCCUAGGUACGUCGGG